GCAUUAUAACAGAUAAGAGUAAAUAAGAUAAACCUAUUUGAGUAGCAUACAUUCACAUCGUUAACCAAACAUUUCGCAGUACAUUUCUGAUAGUGAAAUGACAAACGAACAACGUUUAACUUCGCUGUUAAAGAAAUUAGCUGAGAAGCUAGAAUUAAAAAACUAUGAAUAUAAAUUCCGAAAUAUACAAGAAACAAUAGAAAACUACUUCGGUAUACUUAUACCGAUGACGUUAAAGGGUGAAACUGAAAAUGGUGACUGGUCGAAAGAAUUAAUAGUGAAAAUGCCACCGAAUCGAGAGAUAUUGAGAGAACUUGGCGUUAUCAAAGUGUUAUAUGGUGCAGAGGUUUUUGUUUAUAGCGUUUUAAUUCCACAUUACAAGAGACUUUCAAAGUUUGAUUUGAGUCAACUGUUCCCUGAAUGUUUUUAUGCAGAUUCUACUCUACAUAAUGAAGUGAUUGUGUUGAAAGAUAUGUGCAAAGAAGGAUUUCAACGAUAUAAUGGCGACAGAUUUUUAGAUGCCGAUCAUAUAAUCGUAUGUUUAAAAUCAUUAGCUCAGUUUCAUGCACUUUCAAUGGUUUUGCAACAUAAUGUAAAAAAUAUUGAGGACGAAAAAAUUAUGACCCCAUAUAGCUCCACUUACCCGACACAAUUGAUGGUCGCGUUCAGAAAUUCUUUAAGUAAUAACUUAGAUAUAUUCAAGGAUACUGAAUACGGAGCAUUUUAUUCUAUGAUUCUUACUAAUUUUGAUGAUAUUGUCGAUAGUAAUACGAACAAAGCAAGCCGCCUUGUAUACGGCCAUGGAGAUUUGUGGAAGGAGAAUAUCUUGUUUAAAUAUGAGGACAAUAAACCUGUAAGUGCGUGUAUACUGGAUUUCCAAACAACUCGCCUUUUAUGUCCCGCUCAAGAUGUCUUAAUAUUUAUCCUUACAAGUACAGAAACAAAAGUCAGAAGGAAUUGUUAUGAAUAUUUUCUAUCUAUCUACUACGAAUGUCUGCAGCAAACUCUAUUACAACAUUCCUUGGACCCCGAAACUACAUACUCAAGAAGUGAUUUCAACCGUGAUCUCAAAACAGUGGCCUUUUAUUGCUUUAUAGCAAGUAAUUUGGCUUUUUCCUUGUGGUUAGGUUUGGAAGAGAAAGCAUUAAUACAAAGUAAAAAUAUUUGCGAAGAAGGAAAUGAAAAAACUUCAGCUACACUUUAUUACAAACAAAUAAUGCUUGAUAUUGUGCAAGAUUUUGUUAAUUUUGGUUACUAUGUACCGAAGGGUUUUGAGUAAUAUUUCAUCAUCUACCCCAUAUUUACGUUUUAGAAUGUACUUGUUUUAUUGAAGUGGAUUUGACAAAUAACACAAAUCCUUCUUCCUUUAUUAUAACCAAAAUAUAGUGAAUUUCCCUUUACAAAUAUUAUAAAUAAAAUAGUCGUAAAGGGAAAUUAAUGAUCUCUGUCUCUCUGCGAAUUUAUGUUUAGGUAUAUUUCAGUAACUUAAUUUGGCUCCAAUAAAAUCUUUUAAAAUGGAACACAAGUUUGACAAAUGACAUUGUCAAUGUCAAACAAUUUGUAAACAAUGUAAAAAUGGCAAACGAACGAGGUCCACGCGAUCGCGACUAUUAUGAGGUGAACCGGUCUUAAAAUAGUAUUUUUCAUUGCUUUAAUACAUUUUAUUGUAUAUAAUCAGAAAUUGGUUUCAG